GACUUCCUCUGGGCGCGCACCGCCCUCGCCGCCCGCCCUCGCCGGCCCGGCCCGGGACGCUGUUUUUUCCACUUGCCGGCGCGCACGCUCCAUCUGUUUCCUUUCUUCUGCUCGUGAGUGAGGUUUGUUUGAGACGCCACCAGCUUCCCGCUCUGCUGGAAGCCAAAGCAGCGAAACCAGCCAGGGCCGGGAGAGCGCUUUAAGUGGGGGGCAGCUGCCCGCGGCCGCAGGUCCAAGAAGCCACGCCUGGAGUCCCCGUGUCCUCCGGGCCCGUGCGACGAGGCCCUGCAGCCGGUCCUCAGGAGGUGCCGGGCCAGCCACUACAGGGGGUAAAAUGGCACACCCACGCGCACCAGCCUGCGCCCUCGCCUAGCCCCACCAGGAAGCACCCUCCGCCUCCUGCUGCCCCUGCUGCCCUGGCUCCCCGCCCGUCACCAUGGCUGCGCUGAUCGCAGAGAACUUCCGCUUCCUGUCACUCUUCUUCAAGAGCAAAGAUGUGAUGAUUUUCAACGGGCUGGUGGCCCUGGGCACGGUGGGCAGCCAGGAGCUGUUCUCUGUGGUUGCCUUCCACUGCCCCUGCUCACCGACCCGCAACUACCGGUAUGGGCUGACGGCCAUCGGUGUGCCCGCGCUGGCGCUCUUCCUCAUCGGCGUCAUCCUCAACAACCACACCUGGAACCUAGUUGCCGAGUGCCAGUACCGGCGGACCAAGAACUGCUCGGCUGCCCCCAACUUCCUCCUCCUGAGCUCCAUCCUGGGCCGCGCGGCUGUGGCUCCCGUCACCUGGUCUGUCAUCUCCUUGCUGCGUGGCGAGGCCUAUGUCUGCGCCCGCAGUGAGUUCGUGGACCCCUCCUCGCUCACAGCAGGGGAGGAGGGCUUCCCGCCAGCCCAUGCCACGGAAAUCCUGGCCAGGUUCCCUUGCGGAGAGGGCCCUGCCAACCUGUCGGGCUUUCGGGAGGAGGUGACCCGCAGGCUCAAGUAUGAGUCCCAGCUCUUCGGGUGGCUGCUCAUUGGCGUGGUGGCCAUCCUGGUGUUCCUGGUCAAGUGCCUCAAGCACUGCUGCUCCCCGCUCAGCUACCGCCAGGAGGCCUACUGGGCGCAGUACCGCUCCAACGAGGACCAGCUCUUCCGGCGCACGGCCGAAGUGCACUCGCGGGUGCUCGCCGCCAACAACGUGCGCCAAUUCUUUGGUUUCGUGGCGCUCAACAAGGAUGACGAGGAGCUGAUUGAAAAGUUCCCGGUAAAAAGCUCUCAGCCAAGGCCACAGUGGAAUGCCAUCACCGGCGUCUACCUGUACCGUGAGAACCAGGGCCUCCCGCUCUACAGCCGCCUGCACAAGUGGGUCCAGGGCCUGGCGGGCAAUGGCACGGCCCCUGACAACAUAGAGAUGGCCCCGCUGGUCUCCUGAGGGCCUGCUCCCCACGCCCCUUGCAAAUGGCUCUACUUGGUCUCAACUGAACCCCACUGCUGGCUCACAUGGGCAUCAGAAGGAAGAACAGGCGGGGGACAAGGGCCACAAGGUGCUCUGGGGUGUGCGGAGAUCCCACAGACAAUGGGGUCAGCUCUGACUGGAAAGCUGAGACCUGCAGAAAUCCUUUUUCCUGUUGCUGCCAGCCCAUCUGGUCUAUGGCUGUGGUCAAGACUUUCCCAGAGCUGGUGCAUAAGACUGGCAGAACUGCAGGCCGGGAGGCCUCAGCCAACAGAGCCAGGUGACAGCAGAAUGCACCGGCGGCACCCUGUAGCGUGCUGAGAAGCAGUUUCUAAUUCAUGGGGACACUGGGCUCACUGACGGACCACUGGGAAGCUGCCCUCCAGUGUGUGCCUCUGGUCUUGUUUUUUAUCUUUGAGUUUUUGAUAAAGCUUUUCUUGCUAUAAAGGACUAACUUUGUAUCUCUAAAGUUACAAGAGGUGACUAAAGGGGUCACAUCACAGUGGUCAGCCCCAAAUCCCGUGCUCUGUGGGAGCAAAGUGCACUGGACUCCCAUGGACCACGGGGUGGCAGCAGUGCAGAGAGCAACAGGCGUCCACUCGGGAAGACCCUGGGCUGAUGGUCUCUCAGCAGCUGGAUUCAGAGGUCUGAUCCGAUCUAGGGAACAGAAGGAGUCUGGCCUUUCUUAGAGGGAAACUCAGUUUUUGAAAUUUUGAGUCUGAAGGUCCUGCACUUAACAGGACUGAAGUAGCCCUUUACCCUAACACUAGUGUCUAAGAACCGCCAGCCCCUGCCUCCCUCCCACCCCAGCCCAUCCCCCUCCUUGCCUCUAAAACCUGCUCUCAGUAGCUGACUCCGUCACUUCUCCCUGGAGAAGCUCCCGUGACAUGUACGGCCGUGCCAGGACUUUGCCAAAAAAGAACUGGUUUCAACGACUAGCCACUCUGUGAGCCUGCGAGAGUUCUGGAAUGUAGCAGAUUUGGAGAGGUGAGGUCAUCCGGCCAGGGUGGGCCUGGGAUGAGACCCAGCAGGCGGCCCAAGAUGACGUCUGAGGCUUUCCUCAGCUGCCCGGGCUGCCUGGUUUCCCUUCCAGGCUCGGCCUUUGUCCUCCAGUCCCAGCUCAGCCUCCAAACCCUCGAGGGCAGAACAGAGGCUGAAAGAACACCCCGGGACUCUAGAGCCUGAGGGGAGGGCCGCUCUCUGGGCCUGCGCACCUCUCCGGCUGGACAGAGAGCCAGGGACAAGGUGGGAUCUGGACUGCAAGAUCCACGGACGGCAGCCCCCACCCCCUCUCGUGCUCCCCAGGGAACUUCCUGAAGAAGGGACAUGAAACUUUCCUGGGAGCCCAACCGCCCGUUGCCUGCAACAGCUGAGCAGCCUCAGAAAAGGAAAAUGACGACACACUAUGGUACUUAAGGGAAAACAAGCACAGAGGAAUUAAAAAUCUAAAAUUCCUUUUUAUCCUGACAGGAUGACACCCAGGGUGCUGCAAAAAAAGCAGCGGUUAGAACGAGUCUUUAGGUGGCAGAGCUCUGCUCCGGCCUGGUGCCUGCGGUGGGCUGGCCCGGCCCGGGGCCGCCCGGGGCCGCCUGUGCGGAGCGAUCCGCUAGUCCUCCAGCACUGAGCUCCUGGCCUCCACGUACUCCAGGGCCUUCGCCUUGACUGCCUGCACGUCCUUCUCCGUGCCGUGUUGCUUCUCGUAGUCCAGGUAGCGCUUGAAGAAGAAUUUCAUUCUCUUGGGGGCCAGGCUCAGAUGAAUGACACGCUCGAAGAUGUCCCUGUGGGGAGGAACAGGGCAGUGAGCGCCUCGGGGCCCCGCUCCGAGACUCCUGGCCGGGCUCCCCCACCUGCCCUCCAGCUCGGGAGCCGGGGCCCUCCGUGAGUCAGCUCUCCCACUUCUGCGUUUCACUACUAACGUGCACUCCCACAUGUCUCAGGAAGAGACCACCAUCCUCACUUUACCUAAAGUCACACACUGAAUCAGGCCCAGGCCACCGGGAUGGGGACAGUCAGUGGGGGACGGGUCAGUGAGAAAAGCUCAGCUUAAAACUCACUGAAGCAGGGUGGGCAGUGGGACACAGCAGGCUAAGUUGUGGCUGGAGUGCGCAUUUGAGUCCUGGCUACUCUGUUUAUGAUCUGGCUCCCUGCUAACGUGCCCGGGAGGCAGCGGAUGAUGCCUCAAGUGGCUCUGCGGGAGACUCGGAGUUCUGGGCUCCUGGCCUCAGCCUGGCCCAGCCCCAGCUGCUGUGGGCAUUUGGGGAGUGAACCAGCAGAUGGAAGACCUCUCUCUUCUCUUACCUGUCUCCCUCUGUCUGCUGCUCUGCCUUUCAAAUAAGUAAGUCUUUAAAAAAGUCACUGAGGGCUUGGGUGAGUUACUUCUUUCCAAACCUCAGGUCACCCACCUCUAACUCUUCCUGCCCUUGGGCUACUGGAGAACAAAAGUGAGACUAUGGCUGUGUGGGUUCUCUACAGCGAGAGCCAGGCAUGAUGCUCUCUACGAGGGAAACCCUUGUCUCCCAGCCCCCAGGCUAGGCUCCCCACUGUGGCAGAAAAAUUAGCUGGAAAGGUGAAUGCCACUGGACCUGGGGUCUUAGGUGAGAGCUGUUUCUCUAGAUUGAGUUAAGAGGGCUGAGGAUACUGGGAACAAACUGCGGGCUAAAACACUUGAGCUUGGCCAACACUCCACCUGCCCCCCGGAAUUCAGCCGUGGUCUGCCCCUCUCACCGGACUUCCUUCUGGCUGCCAUGCUUGAUGGUCAUGUCGAUGUAGACCGACCAGACGUCUGUGCGCUUCGGGUAGGUGCUCAGCGUGUUCUCGAAAAUGGCUUUGGCACGCUCUGCGUCCCCCAGCUGGAACUCCAGCUGGGCAAACUUGACAAUCACGUCCAUGUCUGUGGAGAGAGGACAGCUCAAAGACGUGAGCAACAUGAGCAGUCAGAUCCACCCCCAACCACGCAAGAGGUACUGCAGGGGAGGAGUGAGACUUAGUCCCCGCUCUUGGGCCCUGGGCCGAGGUUAUGACAAGAGGGACAAAGCCCCAAAAGGCCAGUGGAGGGGCCAGCGCUAUGGCACAGUAGGUUAAUCCUUUGCCUGCAGCACCGGCAUCCCGUAUGGGUGCUGAUUUUUGUGUCCCGGCUGCUUCACUUCUGAUCCAGCUCUCUGCUAUGGCCUGGGAAAGCAGUAGAGGAUGGCCCAGGUCCUUGGGCCCCUGCACCUGCAUGGGAGACGUGGAAGAAGCUCCUGGCUCCUGGCUUUGGAUUGGCCCAGCUCUGGCCAUUGCGACCAUUUGGGGAAUGAACCAGCGGACGGAAGACCUUUCUGUCUCUCCCUCUUGCUGUCUGUAACGCUACAUCUCAAAUAAAUAAAAUCUUUAAAAACAAA